AUGGAGAUUAGGAACUGUCAGGAUGGGUCCAGUGGAGACAUGGAUGUUCUUGUCGAAUUAGAUCUCGAGCCUGGCAAAAAUGCGAACAUGAGGGAGAAAGGAUUGAAGAUCGUUUACAACUUUAUUUCUUCUAUAUCAAGCUUGAUCUCUGCCUUGCCUGAUCAGGAUCCGACAAAGAUUCUAAUUCGGUGCCCGCAAUGA